AGGCGCGGGAGGCGGCACCGGGCGGAGGCGGCCGGAACUGAGCUCGGGCGCUUCCGUUGCGCCCAUGCGCUGCCGGCGGCCUCCGGGAGCAACAAAGGAGGGAGCCGGGGGGCCGCGGCCGGGCGGUCCCGGGGAGCCGCGGGGACGGAGAUGGGCUCGGCGUGACGGCGCCCUGGCAGCGGGGAGCGACCCGGGCGAGCAGAGCUGCGGCGGGGAAGGUGUGUUGAUCUUGAUUUUAUGUACUGAAAGCUGAUCUUUACUCCUCCAAGAUGGCAUUUGUUUCAGCACAAGGGCCUACGGUGGUGGACCAAACCACUUUGAUGAAAAAAUACCUUCAGUUUGUGGCUGCUCUUACAGAUGUCAAUACACCUGAUGAAACCAAAUUGAAAAUGAUGCAAGAAGUCAGUGAGAAUUUUGAGAAUGUGACAUCAUCCCCUCAAUAUUCUACGUUCCUGGAACACAUCAUCCCUCGGUUUCUCACCUUUCUACAGGAUGGGGAAGUUCAGUUUCUGCAGGAGAAGCCAGCACAGCAACUCCGGAAGCUUGUGCUUGAAAUAAUUCACAGAAUACCCACAAAUGAACAUCUUCGUCUUCAUACCAAAAAUAUCCUGUCUGUGAUGUUCAGAUUUCUUGAGACAGAGAAUGAAGAAAAUGUACUGAUUUGCUUAAGAAUAAUUAUUGAAUUGCACAAACAGUUCAGACCAGCAAUCACUCAAGAAAUUCAUCAUUUUUUGGACUUUGUGAAACAGAUUUACAAGGAACUUCCAAAAGUAGUGAAUCGGUACUUUGAGAACCCUCAGGUGAUUCCAGAGAACACUGUUCCCACUCCUGAAAUGGUUGGCAUGAUUACAACCAUUGUGGUGAAGGUGAACCCUGAGCGAGAGGACAGUGAAACGAGGACACACUCAAUAAUUCCCAGAGGAUCUUUAUCACUAAAGGUCUUGGCUGAGCUACCUAUUAUUGUUGUUCUCAUGUAUCAGCUCUACAAACUGAACAUUCAUAAUGUAGUAGCUGAAUUUGUGCCCUUGAUUAUGAACACUAUUAUAAUACAAGUUUCUGCUCAAGCAAGACAACAUAAACUUUAUAACAAGGAGUUGUAUGCUGAUUUCAUCGCUGCUCAGAUUAAAACAUUGUCUUUCUUGGCUUACAUCAUCAGAAUUUACCAGGAAUUAGUGGCUAAAUAUUCUCAGCAAAUGGUCAAAGGAAUGUUGCAGCUGCUCUCAAAUUGUCCAGCUGAAACAGCACACCUCAGGAAGGAACUCCUGAUUGCUGCCAAGCACAUCCUGACAACAGACCUGAGGAGCCAGUUUAUUCCAUGCAUGGACAAGCUGUUUGAUGAAUCCAUACUGAUUGGCUCUGGAUACACUGCCCGGGAGACGCUGAGACCCCUUGCAUACAGCACCCUGGCAGACCUGGUACAUCACGUCCGGCAGCAUUUGCCUCUCAAUGACCUCUCCCUGGCUGUCCAGCUGUUUGCCAAGAACAUUGAUGAUGAAUCCUUGCCAAGCAGUAUCCAGACCAUGUCUUGCAAGCUCCUGUUAAAUUUGGUAGACUGUAUCCGGUCUAAAAGUGAACAGGAAAAUGGAAAUGGUAGAGACAUCCUUAUGAGAAUGCUGGAGGUGUUUGUUCUGAAAUUCCACACCAUAGCACGCUACCAGCUGUCUGUCAUUUUUAAGAAGUGCAAGCCCCAGUCCGAGCUCGGGGCAGCUGAAGCUGCCUUGCCUGGAGUGCCCACAGCAGCAAAUGCAGCCCCUGUUCCUGUCCCAUCUCCUGCCCCAGCCACUCCUGUGGCCCCUGCACCUGUACCUGUGUUUGAAAAACAAGGGGAGAAAGAAAAAGAAGACAAGCAGACAUUUCAGGUCACGGAUUGCCGGAGCUUAGUGAAAACUUUGGUCUGUGGGGUCAAGACGAUCACGUGGGGCAUCACCUCGUGCAAAGCUCCUGGUGAAGCACAAUUCAUUCCUAAUAAGCAGUUGCAACCUAAGGAGACUCAAAUCUAUAUAAAACUGGUAAAAUAUGCAAUGCAAGCAUUAGAUAUUUAUCAGGUGCAAAUAGCAGGAAAUGGACAGACAUAUGUUCGAGUAGCAAACUGUCAGACAGUCAGGAUGAAAGAGGAAAAGGAAGUUCUGGAGCAUUUUGCUGGUGUGUUCACGAUGAUGAACCCUUUAACUUUUAAAGAAAUCUUUCAAACUACUGUUCCUUACAUGGUGGAGAGGAUCUCUAAAAACUAUGCUCUUCAGAUUGUUGCCAAUUCUUUCUUGGCAAACCCUACUACCUCUGCUCUCUUUGCAACCAUUUUGGUGGAGUAUCUUCUGGAUCGUCUGCCAGAAAUGGGCUCUAAUGUGGAACUAUCCAAUCUGUAUCUCAAGCUGUUCAAGUUAGUCUUUGGCUCAGUUUCACUAUUUGCAGCUGAAAAUGAACAAAUGCUGAAGCCUCAUUUGCACAAGAUUGUGAACAGCUCUAUGGAACUUGCACAGACUGCCAAAGAGCCCUAUAACUAUUUCCUGCUGCUCAGAGCACUGUUCAGAUCAAUUGGAGGAGGCAGUCAUGAUCUGUUAUACCAAGAAUUCUUGCCGCUGUUACCAAACUUACUGCAAGGACUUAAUAUGUUGCAAAGUGGCCUUCACAAACAGCACAUGAAAGACUUGUUUGUAGAGCUCUGCCUCACUGUGCCCGUUCGUCUGAGCUCGCUGCUGCCUUACCUGCCAAUGCUCAUGGACCCCUUGGUGUCAGCCCUCAAUGGAUCCCAGACCCUGGUCAGCCAGGGCUUAAGAACUCUGGAAUUGUGUGUGGAUAACUUGCAGCCCGACUUUCUGUAUGACCACAUUCAGCCAGUUCGAGCUGAGCUCAUGCAGGCUUUGUGGCGAACCCUGCGCAAUCCUGCUGACAGCAUCUCCCACGUGGCUUAUCGUGUGCUUGGGAAAUUUGGUGGAAGUAACAGGAAGAUGUUGAAGGAAUCACAGAAACUCCAAUAUGUGGUCACAGAAAUCCAAGGACCCAGUAUUACAAUUGAAUUUUCAGACUGUAAAGCAUCCAUUCAGCUCCCAAUGGAAAAGGCAAUCGAGACGGCCCUGGACUGUCUGAAGAGCGCCAACACGGAGCCCUAUUACCGCAGGCAGGCCUGGGAGGUCAUCAAGUGCUUCCUGGUGGCCAUGAUGAGCCUGGAUGAUAACAAACAUGCUUUGUACCAGCUCCUUGCACACCCCAAGUAUGACAAUUCUUUAAACGUAAAUGUCUUCACAGAGAAGUCCAUCCCCAGCGUGAUCAUCUCGCACCGCUACAAGGCCCAGGACACCCCGGCGCGCAGGACGUUCGAGCAGGCCCUGACCGGGGCCUUCAUGUCGGCCGUCAUCAAGGACCUGCGGCCCAGCGCCCUGCCCUUCGUGGCCAGCCUCAUCCGCCACUACACCAUGGUGGCCGUGGCUCAGCAGUGCGGUCCUUUCUUGCUGCAGUGCUAUCAGGUUGGGAGCCAGCCUAGCACGGCCAUGUUUCACAGUGAAGAAAAUGGGUCCAAAGGCAUGGAUCCCUUGGUGCUUAUUGAUGCCAUAGCCAUCUGCAUGGCAUAUGAGGAGAAGGAGCUCUGCAAAAUAGGAGAGGUGGCCCUAGCAGUGAUAUUUGAUGUUGCAAGCAUCAUCUUGGGUUCAAAGGAAAGGGCUUGUCAGCUUCCCUUGUUUUCAUACAUUGUGGAACGUUUAUGUGCUUGCUGCUAUGAGCAAGCUUGGUAUGCUAAACUAGGAGGUGUUGUGUCCAUUAAAUUUCUUAUGGAACGGCUGCCACUGAUCUGGGUCCUCCAGAACCAGCAGACUUUCCUCAAGGCACUUCUCUUUGUUAUGAUGGACCUAACUGGAGAGGUUUCCAAUGGAGCAGUUGCUAUGGCAAAGACCACAUUAGAACAGCUCUUGAUUAGAUGUGCAACUCCUUUAAAAGAUGAAGAAAAAACAGAAGAAAUCCUUGCAGCACAGGAAAAGUCUUUCCAUCAUGUCACACAUGACCUUGUUCGAGAAGUGACCUCUCCAAACUCCACUGUGAGAAAACAAGCCAUGCAUUCCUUGCAGGUGCUUGCACAGGUCACUGGCAAAAGUGUCACAGUCAUCAUGGAGCCACAUAAAGAGGUACUCCAGGACAUGGUUCCUCCUAAAAAGCAUUUGCUUCGGCACCAACCUGCAAACGCUCAGAUUGGCCUGAUGGAGGGAAAUACAUUUUGCACAACCCUGCAGCCCAGAUUGUUUACAAUGGAUCUGAAUGUUGUGGAACACAAGGUUUUCUACACAGAGUUACUGAAUUUAUGUGAGGCUGAAGAUGCUGCCCUAAUGAAACUACCUUGCUACAAAAGUCUUCCAUCACUUGUACCUCUUCGAAUUGCAGCCUUAAAUGCUCUAGCUGCCUGCAAUUACUUGCCUCAGUCAAGAGAGAAAAUCAUUGCUGCACUUUUCAAGGCACUGAAUUCAACAAAUAACGAGCUGCAGGAGGCAGGAGAAGCAUGCAUGAGAAAGUUCUUGGAAGGAGCUACCAUAGAAGUUGAUCAAAUCCAUACCCACAUGAGACCACUGCUGAUGAUGCUGGGAGACUAUCGGAGUCUGACCCUCAACGUUGUGAAUCGUCUGACCUCAGUCACUAGACUUUUCCCUAACUCUUUCAAUGAUAAAUUCUGUGAUCAGAUGAUGCAACACCUGCGUAAAUGGAUGGAAGUUGUAGUUAUUACACACAAAGGUGGACAACGGAGUGAUGGAAAUGAAAUGAAGAUUUGUUCAGCAAUUAUAAAUUUAUUCCAUCUGAUCCCAGCUGCCCCACAGACUCUGGUUAAACCUCUUCUGGAAGUUGUUAUGAAAACAGAACGAGCAAUGUUAAUCGAGGCUGGCAGUCCAUUCAGGGAACCAUUGAUAAAGUUUUUGACACGUCAUCCAUCCCAGACUGUGGAGCUGUUCAUGAUGGAAGCCACUUUAAAUGACCCACAGUGGAGCAGAAUGUUUAUGAGUUUCUUGAAACAUAAAGAUGCCAAACCUCUGCGGGAUGUACUGGCAGCUAAUCCCAACCGAUUUAUCACCCUGCUGCUGCCUGUGGGCGCCCAGGCAGCCGUGAGACCUGGCUCCCCCAGCACCACCACCAUGCGUCUCGACCUGCAGUUCCAGGCUAUCAAGAUCAUAAGUAUUAUUGUUAAGAAUGAUGAAUGUUGGUUAGCAAAUCAACACUCCUUGGUGAAUCAGCUGAAACGUGUAUGGGUGAGUGAAGCUUUUCAGGAGAGACAUAGGAAGGAGAAUAUGGCUGCAACAAACUGGAAAGAGCCCAAGCUGUUGGCCUAUUGCUUACUGAAUUACUGCAAAAGGAAUUAUGGUGAUAUAGAGUUACUCUUCCAGUUGCUUCGAGCUUUUACGGGUAGAUUUCUCUGCAAUAUGACUUUCUUAAAGGAAUACAUGGAAGAAGAGAUCCCCAAAAACUACAGUAUCCCCCAGAAACGGGCUUUGUUCUUCCGGUUUGUAGACUUGAAUGACCCAAACUUUGGAGAUGAGCUCAAAGCCAAGGUGCUGCAACAUAUCCUGAAUCCUGCUUUCUUGUACAGUUUUGAAAAAGGAGAAGGUGAACAGCUGUUAGGCCCCCCAAACCCAGAAGGAGAUAAUCCAGAAAGUAUCACUAGUGUUUUUAUAACAAAGGUACUUGAUCCAGAAAAGCAGGCUGAUAUGCUGGAUUCUCUGAGGAUCUACCUGCUGCAGUUUGCCACGCUGCUGGUGGAGCACGCCCCCCAUCACAUCCACGACAACAACAAGAACAGGAACAGCAAACUGCGGCGCCUGAUGACCUUUGCCUGGCCCUGCCUCCUGUCCAAGGCCUGCGUGGACCCAGCCUGCAAGUACAGUGGCCACUUGCUCUUGGCACACAUCAUUGCCAAGUUUGCCAUUCACAAGAAGAUUGUUCUGCAGGUUUUUCACAGCCUUCUCAAAGCUCAUGCAAUGGAAGCCCGGGCUAUUGUCAGGCAGGCCAUGGCUAUCCUGACUCCAGCCGUGCCUGCUCGAAUGGAGGAUGGACACCAGAUGCUCACUCACUGGACACGAAAAAUCAUUGUGGAGGAGGGCCAUACAGUGCCCCAACUAGUGCAUAUUUUGCAUUUGAUAGUACAACAUUUCAAGGUUUAUUAUCCUGUGAGACAUCACUUGGUUCAGCAUAUGGUUAGUGCCAUGCAGAGACUGGGCUUCACUCCCAGUGUUACAAUAGAGCAAAGAAAAUUAGCUGUGGAUCUUGCUGAAGUUGUUAUUAAAUGGGAAUUGCAAAGAAUCAAAGACCAGCAGCCAGAUUCAGAUAUGGACUCAAGUGCAAGUGGUGAAGGAGCAAGUUCUGCCUCAUCUGCUGUUAAAAGAGGAUUGUCUGUGGACUCUGGCCAAGAAGUAAAACGAUUCAGGACAGCUACAGGAGCAAUAAGUGCUGUGUUUGGACGGAGCCAGUCCUUGCCAGGAGCUGAUGCCCUCCUUGCCAAGCCCAUUGACAAGCAGCACACAGACACUGUUGUGAAUUUCCUGAUUAGAAUUGCUUGCCAGGUAAAUGACAACUCCAACACUGCUGGAUCCCCUGGGGAGUUGCUGUCUCGUCGCUGCGUCAACCUUCUGAAAACAGCUUUGAGGCCAGACAUGUGGCCCAAGUCAGAACUGAAGUUGCAGUGGUUUGAUAAGCUGCUCAUGACUGUGGAACAGCCCAAUCAGGCCAACUUUGCCAACAUUUGCACUGGCUUAGAGGUCUUAAGUUUCCUGUUGACUGUGCUACAGCCCCCUGCUGUCCUGAGCAGUUUCAAGCCCCUCCAAAGAGGGGUAGCAGCCUGUAUGACCUGUGGGAACACCAAGGUUUUGAGAGCUGUCCACAGUUUGCUCUCCCGCUUGAUGGGAAUUUUCCCCACAGAACCAAGUACCUCAAGUGUAGCUUCCAAGUACGAAGAGCUGGAGUGCCUUUAUGCUGCAGUUGGGAAGGUUAUUUAUGAAGGACUGACUAAUUAUGAAAAAGCCACCAAUGCCAACCCUUCCCAGCUCUUUGGGACUCUGAUGAUUCUGAAAUCUGCAUGCAGCAACAACCCCAGCUACAUUGACAGGCUGAUCUCAGUUUUCAUGAGGUCCCUGCAGAAGAUGGUCAGGGAACACCUGAACCCACAGGCAACAGCAGGAACAGCAGAAGCAAGCACAGCAGGUACAAGUGAACUGGUAAUGCUGAGUCUGGAUCUUGUGAAAACUCGCCUGGCUGUGAUGAGCAUGGAAAUGAGGAAAAAUUUUAUACAAGCUAUUCUAACAUCUCUCAUUGAAAAAUCCACUGAUGCCAAAAUUCUUCGUGCAGUGGUAAAAAUAGUGGAGGAGUGGGUGAAGAACAAUUCCCCAAUGGCAGCUAAUCAGACACCUACUCUCCGGGAGAAGUCUAUUUUACUGGUGAAAAUGAUGACUUACAUUGAAAAGCGUUUUCCAGAAGACCUUGAAUUAAAUGCUCAGUUCUUAGACCUUGUUAACUACGUCUAUAGGGAUGAGAAUCUUUCUGGGAGUGAACUUACAGCUAAACUGGAGCCAGCAUUUCUCUCUGGUUUGCGUUGUGCCCAGCCACUUAUCCGAGCCAAAUUCUUUGAGGUCUUUGACAAUUCCAUGAAACGUCGCGUCUAUGAGCGCUUGCUUUAUGUGACCUGUUCCCAGAACUGGGAAGCAAUGGGAAAUCACUUCUGGAUAAAGCAGUGCAUCGAGCUGCUGUUGGCAGUGUGUGAGAGGAACACCACGAUUGGCACCAGCUGCCAGGGAGCCAUGCUGCCCUCCAUCACCAAUGUCAUCAACCUUGCUGACAGCCACGACAGGGCAGCCUUUGCCAUGGUCACACACGUCAAGCAAGAGCCUCGGGAGAGGGAGAACAGCGAAUCCAAAGAGGAGGAUGUUGAAAUAGACAUUGAAUUGGCUCCAGGAGAUCAGACCAGCACUCCCAAAACGAAGGAACUUUCAGAGAAGGACAUUGGCAACCAGCUGCACAUGCUGACCAACCGGCACGACAAAUUCCUCGACUCCCUUCGGGAAGUGAAGACGGGAGCAUUGCUGAGUGCCUUUGUUCAGUUAUGUCAUAUUUCUACACCUUUGGCAGAGAAGACUUGGAUACAGCUAUUUUCACGACUUUGGAAAAUCUUGUCUGACAGACAGCAACAUGCUCUAGCAGGUGAAAUAAGCCCUUUCUUGUGCAGUGGAAGCCAUCAGGUGCAGCGAGAUUGCCAGCCAAGUGCCCUGAACUGCUUUGUGGAAGCAAUGUCACAGUGUGUUCCUCCCAUUCCCAUCAGACCUUGUGUCCUGAAAUACUUGGGCAAAACUCACAACCUCUGGUUUCGUUCUACACUCAUGCUGGAGCACCAAGCCUUUGAAAAAGGACUCAGUCUGCAGAUUAAGCCUAAACAGACUACAGAAUUUUAUGAGCAGGAAAGCAUAACUCCUCCUCAGCAGGAAAUCCUGGACUCCCUUGCUGAGCUCUACUCGUUGUUACAAGAAGAGGAUAUGUGGGCUGGGCUGUGGCAGAAACGCUGCAAAUUCCCAGAGACAGCAACAGCCAUUGCCUAUGAGCAGCAUGGCUUUUUUGAACAGGCACAAGAAACUUAUGAAAAAGCAAUGGAGAAGGCUAAAAAAGAGCACGAAAGGAGCAACGCUUCCCCUUCCAUCUUCCCGGAGUACCAGCUCUGGGAAGACCACUGGAUUCGGUGCUCAAAAGAGUUGAACCAGUGGGAGCCUUUGACAGAAUAUGGCCAGUCCAAAGGUCACAUAAAUCCUUACCUAGUGCUGAAGUGUGCGUGGAGGGUCUCAAACUGGAUUGCUAUGAAGGAGGCUCUGGUGCAGGUGGAACUGAGUUGUCCAAAGGAGAUGGCCUGGAAGGUGAACAUGUACAGGGGCUACCUGGCCAUCUGCCACCCCGAGGAGCAGCAGCUGAACUUCAUCGAGCGGCUGGUGGAGAUGGCGAGCAGCCUGGCCAUCCGCGAGUGGCGGCGCCUGCCCCCCGUCGUGUCCCACGUCCACACCCCCCUGCUGCAGGCAGCACAGCAAAUAAUUGAACUUCAGGAAGCAGCCCAAAUAAACGCGGGACUGCAACCAACUAAUCUGGGGAGGAACAACAGCUUACAUGAUAUGAAGACUGUUGUCAAGACUUGGAGGAACAGGUUACCUAUAGUGUCAGAUGAUUUAUCCCACUGGAGCAGCAUUUUCAUGUGGAGACAGCAUCAUUACCAGGCCAUUGUGACUGCCUAUGAGAACAGCUCCCAGCACGACCCCAGCUCCAACAACGCCAUGCUGGGCGUUCAUGCCUCGGCCUCGGCCAUCAUCCAGUACGGGAAGAUCGCGCGGAAGCAGGGGCUGGUCAACGUGGCCCUGGACAUCCUGAGCCGCAUCCACACCAUCCCCACCGUGCCCAUCGUGGACUGCUUCCAGAAGAUCCGGCAGCAGGUCAAGUGCUACCUGCAGCUGGCUGGAGUCAUGGGCAAAAAUGAGUGCAUGCAGGGUCUUGAAGUUAUUGAAUCAACCAACCUGAAGUACUUCACCAAGGAGAUGACUGCAGAGUUUUAUGCUUUAAAGGGAAUGUUCUUGGCACAGAUUAACAAGUCUGAAGAAGCAAACAAAGCUUUUUCUGCAGCUGUGCAAAUGCACGACGUGCUGGUGAAAGCGUGGGCCAUGUGGGGGGAUUACCUGGAGAACAUCUUUGUGAAGGAGAGGCAGCUUCACCUGGGGGUGUCUGCUAUCACCUGCUACCUGCACGCCUGUCGCCACCAGAACGAGAGCAAAUCCAGGAAAUACUUAGCAAAGGUUCUUUGGCUGCUGAGUUUUGAUGAUGAUAAGAACACCUUGGCAGAUGCAGUGGACAAGUAUUGUAUUGGUGUCCCACCCAUCCAGUGGCUGGCCUGGAUCCCACAGCUGCUGACGUGCCUGGUGGGCUCAGAGGGCAAACUCCUCCUCAACCUCAUCAGUCAGGUGGGAAGAGUCUAUCCCCAGGCUGUUUAUUUCCCUAUCAGGACCCUCUAUUUGACCUUGAAGAUAGAACAGCGAGAGCGCUACAAGAGCGAUUCAGGGCAACAGCAGCCAAGUUCAGUUGGAAAUCAGUCCCACUCUGCCUCAGACCCCGGGCCCAUCAGAGCCACUGCCCCAAUGUGGAGAUGCAGCAGGAUCAUGCACAUGCAGAGGGAAUUGCAUCCAACCCUUCUGUCCUCUCUGGAAGGCAUUGUGGAUCAGAUGGUCUGGUUCAGAGAGAACUGGCAUGAGGAGGUGCUCAGACAACUGCAGCAGGGUUUGGCAAAGUGCUACUCCGUUGCCUUUGAGAAAAGUGGAGCCGUUUCAGAUGCCAAAAUCACUCCUCAUACACUGAAUUUUGUCAAGAAGUUAGUCAGCACCUUUGGAGUAGGUCUUGAAAAUGUCUCUAAUGUGUCCACCAUGUUUUCUAGUGCAGCCUCAGAGUCACUGGCUAGGAGAGCACAGGCAACAGCUCAAGACCCCGUAUUCCAGAAGUUAAAAGGCCAAUUUACAACAGAUUUUGACUUCAGUGUGCCAGGAUCAAUGAAACUCCACAACCUUAUCUCCAAACUAAAGAAAUGGAUCAAAAUUCUGGAGGCCAAAACUAAACAGCUUCCAAAGUUCUUCCUCAUAGAGGAGAAGUGCCGCUUUUUGAGUAACUUCUCAGCUCAAACUGCGGAAGUAGAGAUACCUGGGGAAUUCCUUAUGCCAAAGCCAACACAUUACUACAUCAAGAUAGCAAGGUUCAUGCCCAGGGUGGAGAUCGUGCAGAAGCACAACACGGCCGCUCGCAGGCUGUACAUCCGCGGGCACAACGGGAAGAUCUACCCCUACCUGGUGAUGAACGACGCCUGCCUGACGGAGUCGCGCCGCGAGGAGCGCGUCCUGCAGCUGCUGCGCCUCCUCAACCCCUGCCUGGAGAAGAGGAAGGAGACCACCAAAAGACAUUUGUUCUUCACAGUGCCGCGGGUGGUGGCAGUGUCCCCGCAGAUGCGGCUGGUGGAGGACAACCCCUCCUCGCUGUCCCUGGUGGAGAUCUACAAACAGCGCUGCGCCAAGAAGGGCAUCGAGCAUGACAACCCCAUCUCCCGCUACUACGACCGGCUGGCCACGGUGCAGGCUCGGGGCACGCAGGCCAGUCACCAGGUUCUCAGAGACAUCCUGAAGGAGGUGCAGAGUAACAUGGUGCCUCGCAGCAUGCUCAAGGAGUGGGCCCUGCACACCUUCCCCAAUGCCACGGAUUACUGGACCUUCCGGAAGAUGUUCACCAUCCAGUUAGCCCUCAUUGGCUUUGCAGAAUUCAUCUUCCACUUGAACAGGCUCAACCCUGAGAUGCUGCAGAUUGCCCAGGACACUGGCAAGCUGAACGUGGCGUACUUUCGCUUUGACAUUAACGAUGCCACAGGAGAUCUGGACGCCAACCGUCCGGUGCCCUUCCGGCUCACCCCCAACAUCUCCGAGUUCCUCACCACCAUCGGCGUCUCGGGGCCCCUCACUGCAUCCAUGAUUGCAGUGGCUCGCUGCUUUGCACAGCCAAACUUCAAGGUUGAUGGCAUCCUAAAAACCGUGCUAAGGGAUGAAAUCAUUGCAUGGCACAAAAAAACCCAAGAGGACACCUCCUCUCCACUGUCAGCAGCUGGGCAGCCUGAGAACAUGGACAGCCAGCAGCUGGUUUCUCUGGUUCAGAAAGCUGUGACUGCCAUCAUGACUCGCCUCCACAACCUGGCCCAGUUUGAGGGAGGGGAAAGCAAAGUCAACACUCUGGUGGCAGCUGCCAACAGCCUGGACAACCUCUGCAGGAUGGACCCCGCCUGGCACCCCUGGCUGUGACAUGAAGCUUUCAGCAGUUUGAGGGGGGGGUUUUGUUGUUUUUGUUGUUUUGGGGUUUUUUGUUGUUUUUAUUUCCUCCUGUUGUUUGUGGUGUGAGCCAUAUUUUGUGUUAAGAAAAUGUGAAAAAAGCUUUCCAGAAGACAGCUGACCUGUCACGCUGCGUUUUGUCAGUUUUCAUUCUAGCUGUGUUUACAGUAGUAUGGUGUUUUUACUGGUUUUAAUUUCAUCAGGAGACAUUUCCUCCUGUUUAUGCAGUUGAUAUGCAACAGUGGCUUUUGCAAAUAGAUUAAAAUGAAGAGAGAAAAAUAAUAUACAGAAAAAUCUAAUUUUAUGAUGAAGGCUAUGAAACUAGCAUUGUUAGAUUUAGGGUCUGCCAUUCAUAAUAACCUGCAGGAUAUAAAUUUUUUAUACAAUAGUGAUUACUUAAAAAAAAAAAGAAAAAUACAGUAAUCCCAGUUAGUGAAUUUUCCUCUGUGAAAUUUUACUUAAUCACUCUCUUCAUAAUGCCAAAUUGAAGGCACAGAUAAAUGCUCUUAACUUUUAAGUUUGCUUCAAAUUUACAUGAGCAAUGUUGCUUUGUACAGACAAUUUUGUACCAAAUGUUAUAGAGGUAGAUUUUGUUAGGCACUGAGAAAAUGAUGAUCAAAUUGUGCUGACUUUUCCUGGAGCACAAGCUGUGUACAGUAAAAGUGUAAACCAUUUAGAGUAUUUGGUUUAGUUGUGGACAGUGUUUGGGGGGGAAGUUUAUAAGAGGAUGGAAAAAGUCAUCCUUUGAUACCUGUAUUUGUCUGCAAUAGAGCAAAAAUGAAUUCUUAUCAAGUUCUCUUUACUGUUUAGAAUUACAGUAGCUUCUUUCGAAUGAAUUUGUUCCUCUGUAAUUUAAGAAGAGCAGUUUAAUGUUUCACCUGUCUUUCUGUUGUGUUAGCAUUUUUAUAAAACCUCAGUGUUGGGAAUGUUCAAUUUGUACAGAGUGAUUUUUUCCAAAUAAAUAUUUUAUAAAACUC